ACCUUUUCCAAGUACCAGCACACAAAAUGUUUACUUUCUUGUUGAGUUUAGUGAUUAUCUGCGCUUUUGUUGUUGCAGAAGACUCUAGUCUACUUGCUGAUGAAAAAACAUGGAAAGAAUGCUUAGAGGAGAACUCGAUGACGAUGGAAGACUUGAAAUCAUACACAAACAUAGCUGAAGCCCCGGAAGAGUUGUUAUGUCUUGUCAAAUGUAUCAACACAAAAACGGGCGUCAUCGGGGAAGACGGACAAAUCGAUUUUGAAAAAAUAAAACUCAUUCCUACUAUUGCGAAGAUGGAUGAAGGAAAACAGAAUGAACUGAAGGAAUGUGCCAAAAAUGUGGGACCUAUUAAGGAGUGUUCAGACAUAGAGAAACUUCGAUCGUGUUUGCCUGAAGGUAUAAAAGAGUGAAGUCGAUGUUAAAUGAUGUAU